AUGGAUGACAACACAAAGAUGAUCAGAGAUCUGAUCCAGUUAUUACAGAAAAGACUGGAUGAAGUAGCAAAGCAACCAGCAGCACCUGGACAAGAUUUCUUUUCUCACUUGGCACAAAGAGAAAAAGAAAUUCAGAAACUCAAAGACCAAAUCAAGACUCUCCAAGAGACGGGAAAGAUUCCUGAACCUGCACCAAGACGAGAAACAAUUGAAUUGUUUCCUUCCGUCAGAAGACAAGAUCUACUCCCCGCAGAAGGUGUACAGAUUACUUUUCCAGAACCUCCCAAACGUACUAAACCAAGUACGUAUGAAAUCUUCCUAGAAAUUAAAAAACAGCAAGCAAAAAAGAAAGAAAAGAUGAUUGCAGAGCAAAUGGUUACUGAACCUAGUGACCAGAAGGAAGAACAAACCCAGAAAAAACUGGGAAAAAGACCAGUUUCUGAAGAAAAGACGCCACCAACUUCUCCACCAAAACAAACCCCAAAAUCUUUGAUGAUCCAAGAAGAUAAAGAACAAAAUCCUUUAUCAAAACUUUUAAAGGAUUAUGUAAAAUCUUCGACUCCAAAGAUUUCGGUCAUCCAAGAUCAAGAAUCCAGUGAUGAAUCUGAUAAAUCUGACAAAAGCUCGAGUUCAGAAGAAACCAGAUCUGAAUCUGAAGAAUCUGAGGAAUUAUCAUCCCAAUCGGAAAAUGAAAAUUUGGGAAAAAUACUACAGACCACCACAAAAGUAGAAGAACCAAGUGAUGAUGAAAUGCAAGAAGAAGGUUCAUCUUCGACACAAAGACAUCCUCCAAAGAGUUCUAUUGGAAGAAUCACGUUCACUCUAGAUGAUCUACCACCAUCAAGAUGGCCAGAGAGAAUCCAAGAAUUCCAUUCUUGGCUUGAAACACGAAAGCCAUCGAGGACAAAGAACUACAACAUUCUCAUAGAAUUUGUUUCCAGAUUCACAGGAAUGCUCAGAGAUUGGUGGAACUCAAUUGAUCAGCACAAUCAAAUGCAAUUCCUAGUACUUCAAGACUUGACGUAA